CCGAGCGAUCGUAACCGAAAGCUUCCGAACCGUUCACGAAGUAUCCACGGGGCUUGAAAGCUGCCCUGUGGAUGAAAGAUACGGCACACGCGUUUGGACCAUUGAGAUAGCCACCGGGGUCCAGGACCAACUCAGCUUCCCGCAGGACGCUUUUACGUACACACGAUUCGUGUUUUGACUCUCAGCGAAAAUUUUCUUAUCAGCACAAAAACAGUGAAGUUGCAACUUCGACUUUUGGACACAUGUCGUCCGGCAGGACGGACUUCGAUUUCAAUUUUUUUCGCGCGAAACUUAAACGAGUGAUAAUUUAGCAGGAGUUUUGAGUGUACGUUUUUCAAGUUAGUGAUUUUUUUUUGUUAAUUUUGUUAUGGACAUUUAACUUUUUGGACUUGGGGGAGAGACUAAAAAAAAAAGUUUUUCAAGAUGAGAAUUAAAAUGCCGGCAGUGCGAAUUGCUCAAGCAGACGCAGAUGGACAAGACCUAUCGGAUCCGCACCAAGACAUACUCACGUGUGGUGUCUGUCAAAAACCCUUUGCCCUUUCAGACAUUGUCCGAUUUAUCCAGCACAAAAUUCAAACUUGCAACAAGGAGAAUUUCGGUCAGUGCUACGUAAAUCCAGAUAGGGAAAGGGACAAUGACGAUGGAUCGUUACCUUUAGGCACAAUUAAUACUAGGAGACCCAGUAUAUCGGCUCCUAUUAGUAGUAAGAAGAAUACUGGAGGAAGUAGGGUGCAUACACCUCCACCAGCUAGUCCAAGGUUACCAGCACCAAGUGACCUUUGUGUCGACGGUGCAGCAUCUUCAACCCCAAAACGACGUGCUUGUUCACCACUGACAACAUCAGGAAGCACCGACGAUGGUGAAGAUCACAAACCCAUCAUCAAACAAGAAAGGAUUGAUACCACGUCAUCGUCACCUGAAGACAACUCGCAUCAUAAAAAAUCCAGAACUGAAGUCGCUGAUGCUGAAAGCAAUACUACCCACAGUGAGCCCAGCAACUACGUCUGCUCAACUUGCAAAGCGCGCCUUCAUUCGGCAUGGCGUCUGGUUCAGCAUGUUCAGCAUGCACAUGGCAUUAAAAUCUACGUAGAAUCAUCGCCAGGUUCCAAGUGCAGUAGUGGAAAUAAUAAUCAUUCCACAAGUUCAGCUUCCAGUAGUUCCUCUGGUUGUUCUUCUGGGGCUUCUGUCAGUAUACCGCCUCAAGCACCAACGAGUCUUAGGCACCCCUUAUUACCACCGCCUGAUCUACACAACCCUUUCGGAGUAGGUGGUUUAUUAAGACUACCAUUACCACCUCUAAGUCACGGAAUGAAUCCAAAUAUUCCACCCGCACCACUAUUUUCUAGACCAGAACACCAUUAUAGAAUUGAUCAAUUGGUGAAUGAACAAUUUAGACAUCACGGACUGAAUUUAGCUGCAGCUGCAGCAGCAGUAGCCGCUGGAGGCGUACCACAGCCUCACAGUUUUCCAUCGCCAGCAGCUGAAAGAUCAAGUUCGGUAACCAGUUUACCACCAAGGGAUCGGAAUACACCCAAUCAACCCUUAUCACUUGAACCACAACUGGAUUUUUACUCACAGCGGUUGAGAGCAUUAGCAGGAACAACAAGUCCUGGGGUAGCGCAGGCGAGCUCACCGAGCCCCAGGAAGCUUUCACCGCCUUUUACAAGUCCCUCGCCUUCGCAAGUGCCACUAACAACUAUUCCAAAUAAUAUCAGCUCGUCCAGCAGUACAAGUAAUCCAAACCAUAACAACAACAAUAACCAUAGUUCUAGUAGUGGGAAUAGCGGCAAUAGUUCAAGUAGACCACCAAGUACGUCACCACCCAACAAAAGUAGUAGUGAUGAGCAAUUGAUUAACACACCAAGAUCUGCUUCGACACCACCUGGCAAACCUGGUUCUCCUAGAAAUUCUAAUUCAGCCGAUGCCGUUCAUGCUUGCGAAUAUUGUGGGAAAAAAUUCAGAUUUUUAAAUAAUCUUGAAGUUCAUCGACGAUCACAUACUGGAGAAUUACCUUAUAAAUGCACAGUUUGCGAUCAAAGUUAUGCUGGCAGCAGCAAAUUAAAACGACACAUGAAAGUUCAUAGGACACCAGAAGAUCGUACCAGCAACGCUGGUUCGGUGGAAACUAUGGAUGGCGAAGAUAGUGAAGAAGAUGAGGAUAUUGACGAAGAGGAAGACGAAGACGACGAAAUGGAACAGGAAGAUGAAGAAGCUGAGGAUUUAAGUGUACCUAGUCAAGGUUCAAAAAACGUGAAUCCUAACCAAGCUUCUCUUGUAGGCGAACUUAUGGACAAGUUUGGUUUAAGUAACAUCGCUCAAUAUAGUGAAGCUUACAAGCAAGCAUUGCAAGAAAGUAAUUCUGCUUUGAAGCUUCAUAUACACCAAGCCAGCAAAGAUAGAGAUAACAAUAAUACAUCUUUAGCUACUCAAUUGAAAAUUCGUGAAGAGUUCGCCAAAGGUCUAAUGACCGGGCCACCUCCUCAACCGUUACCGUUAUUUCCUCAUUUCAACGAUACCUAUGAGGCAACGAAAAGAUUAAAAAUGGAUCUGGAACGUAAUGAUUGGUGGUUACCAGGUUUAUCUAGGGAAAACAAGGGGAUACCUGGACCUAGUUCUUUACUACCACAUCCAUUGAAAAAAGAAUCACGCCGUAAUGACACUUGUGAAUAUUGUGGCAAAGUGUUCAAAAAUUGUUCAAACCUUACUGUACAUCGACGAUCACACACUGGAGAGAAACCUUACAAAUGUGAACUAUGCUCCUACGCGUGCGCCCAAAGUUCUAAAUUAACAAGGCACAUGAAAACCCACGGAAGACUAGGCAAAGACGUUUACAGAUGUAGAUUUUGCGAAAUGCCCUUCUCAGUUCCUUCUACUUUAGAGAAGCACAUGCGUAAGUGCGUGGUUAAUCAAGGAAAAGGUCACUUGCUCGGCAGCAUGCCAAUGCUAAGUGGCGAUGAGGAUUCGUCAACGAGCAUUGCUUCCAAAGAGGCUGCCACAUGACUUUUUCCUUGGGGCGGAAUACCGCGGUUUCAUGCCCCUCCACCUUCCAGUUUAACGUACUAGUCGAUUUAUAUUUUUUUAGAAAAUAAUUUGUGACAUGCAGAGUGGACAAUACCAUUUUGAAAGUGUUUGUGGACCUGAGUUAGUUAUAGUGACGUGUGGGUCGUGAGACUUUUCAUAUGGUAUUGUUCAAUGUCUGUGAUAAGCUAGAGUGUUACCUACAAAAACUAAAUAAUGUCUCUGAUAUAUCACCGUAAUAAAUUGAUGUAGGUGUUUUGUGCAUUUUACAAAAAAUUUAUGAAAAAAUUAACGGCCGUUUUUACAACCUACUUAAUGUGAUGUUUAUCCCAAAUUUAAUUAUUAUUGUUACAAAAAUCCUUUGACAGCCGCUAGCUUUUUUUUAACAAAAUUCACAAAACACUUGGUUGUUGUACUAGUUCUAAAUAAUUAUUGUACAAAAAAUUUAGAUGUAAUAAUCCCCUUUUUUUGAGCAAAAGGUAUGAUUGGGGAAUUGUUGUUUUAUAUUACAUGAAACCGAUACCAAAGCAAUGUUUUUUUAUGAUUAUGGUUAUUAUUGAGUUUAUAGAUUUGUACUAUAUUAGAGUUAAGAUUUUUGUUGUUUGAGACUGAGGGUUGAUAAAGUAAAAUUCGAAUUGUACCUACUAUAUUUAAACAAAACAAAUUGUACUUAACAAUUCGAAUAUUACCAGUAGCCCACUGUACAUUCCCUAUCAUAUCAAUAUUAAUUUUUCUUUGGCCAGUAUGACUGUAAAUAGUAUUUAUUAUUAAAAACAGUAUUUUUUUUUUUGGACAUUUUGUGAUCCAUAAAUACCUACUACUUAAUUAGGAUUUACUUAAUAAAUAAAUAAAUAAUUAAUUAAGAAUGUAUAUUAUUUUUUAUGUACAGAUUCAAGUUGGUGUUAGAUACAAAUAAUUAAGGAAAAAAACACUACCUUAUUAACAAAUAGCAACCAAUUCAGGGUCAAAAUAUAAGAAUUUUCUGCUUAUACAGAUCUUUCGCAAAUUGAAAAAAAAAGGUAUAGGUGUGAACAUUUUUGUCUAGAAUAAUGUAGUAUACGAAACUUGGUGUCGCCAAUUUCCGGAAAUUAAAAAAUUGGUCAGUAUUGAUCAAUAACUGUUAGUAUUAACUUAGUCGACUGAGGACCAGGGUCUUUAAAUAAAGUAUUUUUUAUUAUUAAAAUAUGGCCAGUUUUAUAUGUUUACGUUUAUGUAUUUUCAAUGAUAUUUGUCUUUUUUUUUUCAAUAAUUAAAAUUCGAUUAAUCAGAACUGUGCUGUUGAUCUCAUAAUUAAUUUCCAGAAUUAUUAUUCGUGAAAUCAAAAAAAAAAGACAAUUUAUCAUUAGAAAUUCAGAAAAAAUAAUAAAUAUUUUUUUUUUUUUUUUGUAAAAAUUUAUCGGUUGAUUUUGUAUUAUCAUUAUUAAUUAUUAUGUUUCGUAAAAUAAGAAAAAUGUUGUUUCGAAUAUUUUUUCUUUUUUUUUUUGUCAUCUGACAUUAAAAAAGUGAAUGUUUGUAGCGCAAAUAUUUAUGGGCUACACGAAAAAAAAAUUAAUAUAAAAGUGUUCCUAAGCUGAUUACCUAUUUCAGUGUGUAUUUAAAUAAAAUCUAUUACAAAUAUAGA